GUAAGAUCCGGCCUGAGGGAAAGGGAUGAAUGUUAAUUUCAAAGAUGGCGGCGGAGGGAGGAGGGAAGGAGAUGAACGAAAUUAAAACUCAGUUCACCACUCGGGAAGGUGUCUACAAACUCCUCACUCACUCCGAAUACAGCCGUCCCAACAGGGUGCCUUUCAACUCGCAAGGCUCCAACCCCGUCAAGGUCUCCUUCGUGAACGUCAACGACCAGUCGGGCAACGGCGACAGGAUCUGUUUCAAUGUGGGCCGUGAGCUCUACUUCUACAUCUACAAAGGCGUUAGAAAGGCUGCGGACUUGAGCAAGCCCAUAGACAAGCGCAUUUACAAGGGAACGCAGCCCACGUGUCAUGACUUCAACCACCUCACAGCUACAGCAGAAAGUGUGUCCUUGCUGGUGGGUUUCUCAGCAGGACAGGUACAGCUCAUUGACCCCAUCAAGAAGGAGACAAGCAAGCUUUUCAAUGAGGAGAGAUUAAUAGACAAGUCCAGAGUAACCUGCGUGAAAUGGGUGCCAGGCUCUGAGAGCCUGUUUCUGGUCUCUCAUGCCAGUGGGAAUAUGUACCUGUACAAUGUGGAGCAUACCUGUGGCACCACAGCGCCACACUACCAGCUGCUCAAACAGGGAGAGAACUACUCUGUACACACCUGCAAGAGUAAAUCCACGCGGAACCCUCUACUAAAGUGGACAGUGGGUGAGGGCGCUCUGAACGAGUUUGCCUUCUCUCCAGAUGGGAAGUUCCUUGCCUGUGUAAGCCAAGACGGCUUCCUACGGGUGUUCAACUUUGAUGCUGUUGAGCUUCACGGCACCAUGAAGAGCUAUUUUGGUGGCCUGUUGUGUGUGUGCUGGAGCCCUGAUGGAAAGUACAUAGUCGCAGGUGGAGAGGACGAUCUAGUGACUGUGUGGUCGUUCUUGGACUGCAGAGUCAUUGCCCGAGGUCACGGCCACAAGUCAUGGGUGAGUGUGGUGGCAUUUGACCAUUACACCACCAGCGUGGAGGAGAGUGACCCAAUGGAGUUUAGUGGCAGCGAUGAGGACUUUCAGGAUCAGAUGAUCCACUUUGGACGAGAUCGUGCCAACAGUACACAGUCUCGACUUUCCAAGCGCAACUCCACAGACAGCCGGCCUGUUAGUGUCACAUACCGGUUUGGCUCAGUGGGUCAGGACACCCAACUGUGCCUGUGGGACCUCACCGAGGACAUCCUUUUCCCCCAUCUUCCCCUCUCACGGACACGAACACAUACUAAUGUGAUGAAUGCUACCAGCCCUCCUGCGGGUGCUACAAUAAUCACUAACACCUCUAGUAACACUACUAACGGAAACAACAGCGGUGCCAAUACUCCUGGCAUGAACUCCCUCUCUACCACAUUACCACGCUCCAACAGCCUCCCUCAUUCAGCCGGCACCACCACAACAACAGCAAACAACACCAACAAGGCCAGCAGCGGUGGUGGAAUCGGCAGUGGUAUUAUGGACAGUGCCAUUGCUACAGGUGUGAGCAAGUUUGCCACGCUGUCACUCCAUGAUCGGAAGGAGCGCCACCACGAGAAGGACCACAAACGCAACCACAGCAUGGGUCACAUCAGCAGUAAGAGCAGUGACAAGCUCAACCUGCUGACUAAAACCAAAACGGACCCUGCUAAGACUCUGGGCACCCUGCUGUGUCCACGCAUGGAGGACGUGCCCCUCCUUGAGCCCCUCAUCUGUAAAAAAAUAGCACACGAGAGACUGACUGUACUCAUAUUUUUAGAGGACUGUUUAGUGACUGCUUGUCAGGAGGGAUUUAUUUGCACAUGGGCGAGGCCAGGCAAAGUGGGUUUAUUGUCAUCCCAAAACCAAGCCAGCUCUCCCAGUGGAACAGUAGUAUAGCCACAAUAUUUCUGCUGCUAAAGAACCCUGCAACCCAGAGUCUGAUGCUGCUCUUCACCCUGCAAGCAUUGCAAGUUUUCCUUUUCUUUUAUACCCCUCCCUCUCCCCAGUUUUGUUAAUGGCUUUUCUGUUGUUUUUGUUUAUCACACACUUGACCUAGAGGAGGAAUGGAACAGGAAAAGGUGCGGUGCAAUUGUGGACUAUUGCGCUCAAGUACUAUUCUUCUCUGGAGUUUUAACAUAUUUUAGAAUUUUUAAAAAAAAUCUUUUUUGUUUCCAUGUCCGAUCUCAUCAGACUGUUGUCCUCUCUGGAAUUAAGGCUUCGCUUUGUUAGAUGCAAACCAGACAAUUGUGGCUUGAGAUUAAAGGGAUAGUUCAUUUAAUUUUCAUAAUCUCUUCACCCCUUUUUUAAGAUUUUGUUAUGUAACCCGGUGUAGGCUCAGGGUUACUAAAGUAUGAAGUUUGAAAGAGCUAUCCUUUUAUGACCAAGUGCGUGAGCAUCUGAAAAUUUUGCAUCCAUCCACAUUCACCCACCACUUCUGUCUUUUCUUAAGUAGAAUCUCCCCAUUGACGACUUUGCACUGAUUUUGUUAGCUAUGUUGUUGUUUGUUUUUAUAACUACUCUAAUGGAACAAAAAAAAGGAGGGUUGAGGACUGCCUUGUUGCACUCGGCUUUAACAUCCUCAGUCUUGAAAUCUGAAUCUAUAAAGCUGGUUGCUGCAAUCAUAGUCUCUUUAAAGGAAAAAAAAAGGUUUGCACUUAAAUUAGUUUAUUAGAAGAAAAUGGCUUUACAUUUUUGGGUGUGUUCAGAACUCACAGAUGGCUAAUACAGUAGGAGAAGAAAAUGAUAAAAACUAUUAAAACCUUUAUCUAUUGAGCAUUUAUUUUAAUAUUAUUUCAGAUUCGAAUCUGCUCUGUAUCAUAAUGUGUAUAUUGUAAUUAAUUGAUUUGAUGGGGGCCUAAGCAAACUACCAUUAUUCCAGUGGAAGUUUUGUCAUUGAUAGUUAUAUUUCUAAAGCCUAAAGUAUACAUAUUAAUAAUAUUAAAAUAAUCUUGAAUACA